AUGCUGAAAAUACUGGUGAAUGUCAAAACCCCAGAAAAGAUAUAUGCAUUUGUACUUGCUCUGAAGCGUAUCACUCUCACAUUGAUGAAAACUGCCAAUGGUGGUUAUGUCAUUCAGCACUGCGUGAAACUUUUCCCACCGGCAUAUCAAAAAGUUAUUUUGGAUGAAGUAGCAAAGAAUUGCAUUAAUAUUGCAACAGAUAAAUACGGAUCUCCUAUUAUUCAAAAAUGUCUGGGCCAUGUUGAUCAGGGACAAGCUAUAUUUCUGCUGGUUAAAGAAAUAAUAGUCAAUGCUGCAGUCUUAGCAGAAGAUCAAUAUGGGGAGAUCAACAAAACACAAUGGGUCGGUGGGAAGUGGACGAAUGAGGUUGUAAUGGCACCCUCUGCUACUGUUUCAAAGCUGAACAAUAUUGUGAAAUAA